CGCGGUCGCUUCCAAUUCACUCGGUGCUGGAGAGAAGCUCUCUGGGCUUCGUUUUUUGUCGUGAGCGUGCGCUGUUGUUAACAGACGGAGGGGGUUGGGGGCGGGGAGAGCUCAUUCGUAAGGCUUAGAGGGACACGUCUUACUCGCAAGUGUCCCAACCACACUGUCCCCCGCGGCAAUUGAUAAGAACCCCCCCCCCCGAGCCAGAAGGCAUCAACAGGCAGUGGGGGGUUAAUAGCAGCAGCAGAAGUACCAAGCCAGCAACACGCACGGCACCUUUUUCCGGGCAAGCGUGAGACGGCAAACUUUGUUUCGAGUUGCGCCGGGGAAUGUACCAGGAGCCGAGCGAAGUUUCUGGACCCACUUCAAGCAGCAGAGACUCGAGGCAGCAGGGCACGGAUCGAUACCCUUCGGCCGUCGGAAUGGGUGGUCCCAAUGUUGUCAUCACGAGCCGGGGUUUCAGUAGCAGCAGUGGCGGCGGCAGUGGUGACGCUGGCGCUUCCGGCUGGGCGCCUAGUAGCGGGGGUCGAAGGGGUGCACCCCCUUACAGCCGGGCCGGGAGGCGUGGGGGGCGACCAUCCAGGGAUGAGAUGCUCAACCCGGAGGAGGAGGAGAGGAGGAUUCUCCGUCGGGAACGCAACAGGCAGGCCGCUGCCAAGUGUCGGAACCGGCGACGGGAACUCACAGACCAGCUGGAGGAGGAGACGGCCGAACUCCUUCAGCAGCAGGAGCUGAUCAAGUCGGAGGUGGACAACUUGCGCAGGGUGAAGGACCAGCUGGAGCUCGUCCUCGCGACACACGAGCACUCGUGCAUGCUCGUGCCGUCACGGGACGACCAGAACGUUCCGUCAUCAUCCCCCUCCUACCUGGCCGCGACCGCCUCCUCAUCCUCCUCCUUGUCAUUGUCCUCGUCAUCGGCAUCUUCUGCGGCGGCGGCGGCGGCGGCGGCGAUGGCAGUGGCACCUUUGGCCACCGUCCCCCAAGUCCCAUCGAUGGCGUCAUCGACAUCGUCAUCGUCGCUGCGGCUGCCGCCACUGCCCAUCCCCUACUCCUUCGAUGGGGCGCUCGCGACGCGGGCUGGUGGUGCGGCCACCACGCAACGCCAGCGGCAGCCGCAACUGCGACUGCCCACGUCAUACAUGGACGCGACGGCCAGCGAGUUCGCAGCCUUCCCCGACCUGCUCGAGUGCCUCAACACGCCGGUGGUGACCACCACGCCGGGCGGGGGCACCCCCUCGCUCAUGUUCACCUACCCCAGCGUGGCCGGGCCCGAGAUGCAGACGGCCGCCACCACGGCCGCCUCCACCGCCUCCGCCGCCACCACCACCGGCACGUCGUGCUCGACCGCCUCCACCAGCUGCGGCUGGGCCCAGCGGCUGAGCAGCAGCAGCAGCAGCACCGACCUGGACGUGCUGCUGUCUCCCACGCUGCUGUCCCUCUGAGAAGAAGAGCGACGCGUGUGCGUGCACGUCUGUGUUUGUUUGUGUGUGUGUGUGCUUGCUGUCCACGUUGUGGGGAGCGGUAG